AUGACGAAACAACAAUCAACAACCGAUCAGAAUAGUUGUCAAACGGCAGAAGCGAUCGGCAAACGCGAUUCGAGGACGAAUUUGGAGAUUGAUGGAGUUGUCGAUGGGACGGAGGGCGCCGGGAACACCACCGAUUUGGAGAGAUCCGGAAGUUGUCCCGAUUUGGCUGGUGUCGAGAAGCCUGAUGAUGAAUACAUCCGCACCACACUUCUCUCCUACCCAUGGUACCAUGGCGUCCUUUUCGGUCGUGUCACCGAGAAGCUUCUCAAAUGGGAGAACUCAUAUCUGGUCCGUCGAUCGAUUCUCAAAACCGACAAAUUCCUGUGUAUCUCUGCUCGUGUCGACAACAAAGUCUCCCAUUUCCCCCUGAACUGCAAUGUCGAGGGAUGGAGUUGUGCGAAGCUCUUUGAGCGAUUCCCAGCUAUGCCAAAUCGAAGAUAUCAACAUAUAUGGCAACUACUGGAUGCAUGGUCCCUAGUUGUCAAUUAUAUUGUGCCAGUGCGCAGAAACAAGUUGGUCGUGCUACACAGUCAAGUUUUGCCGAACUCGGUGUCGUUGGGACAUGGAGCGUUUGGAGAGGUUUUCAAGGGCAAGUUUGUGCCCAUUGGAGGGACCGAGCCGACGGAGGUGGCUGUGAAGAGGAUGAUCGGGGAGCCGAAGAGAAUCAAUUGUCAGGAGUUUUGUCAGGAAGCAAGCAUCAUGGCAAUGCUGGAGCAUCGUAACGUUGUCAACCUGUUUGGAUUCGCCGCUCUUCAAUUCCCAAUGAUGAUUGUUAUGGAAUUCGUGCCGAUGGGCGACCUUAAGAAAUACCUCCGCCAAUCCUCCAACAUCUCCUCGAAACAAAUCUCUCUCUUCGCUCUUGACAUUGCCAAUGGAAUGCGUCAUUUGGCAUCGCGUAAGGUGAUUCAUCGAGAUUUGGCGUGCCGAAACUGUCUGAUCACCAAAGAGAUCCGUGUCAAGAUUUCGGAUUUCGGAUUGUCGGUGAAUGAUUUGGAGGUGGUGGUUAAGAAUCUUCGAAAAGCGCCGAUCCGCUGGCUGGCUCCUGAAACCCUCAACAAGGGAAUCUUCAACGAGAAGACCGACGUCUGGUCGUACGGAGUGCUGCUCACCGAGCUGAUGACUCGAUGUGCAGCUGAUCCAUUGGCCCCACGGGAUCUCAAAGAAGCGCAGAGAUGGAUCAAGGAGGCGGAUCAUCCGCAUCGCAUCGACGGUGGCGAUCCGCGGGAUUUCGCCGAGAUGGUCGAUUAUUGUUGUGAGAAGUCGCCCAGCGCUCGUCCGACGUUUCAAAUCGUCAAGAAGAAGGUUCAAGCGAUCUAUCAGAAGUAUGCGGAUCUCGAGCUGGCGCACUGUUUGAGCCCGAAUCCCAAUCAGUCGCCGAAUGUGGAGAAGAAAAAAUCGGAAGAUCGCAAAUCGAACACGGACCGUCGAGGAGGCACGGAUCGUCGUGCCUCAACGACGAAUCUCACUCGGAAGAAGUCUCGGGACGGUGGUGGUGGUGGUGGAAUGGGAACGGCUCGUCGACGGGGCGACAAGACGAAUGAGCGAAAAUCGAAAGGAUCGCAUACGGGUGGAAAUGAGAAGAAUGAGAAGGGCGGCACGAUGAAACGAAUGCAAUCGGCGAGGAAAAAGGAGAAGGGAGGAGCUCAGGCGGCGAUUGCUCAGCCUCCAGGAGGACCCCCGCCAAAGUGA